AAUAUGGCAAAACCUCGAAAGGUACUCUACAGUAAUUAAAUCAAAUUGAAGAUCGUGAACUCACUAAGUAUAACAUUUCGGGGAAAAUGAUCUCCUUUCAUAAAAUGUUAACAAACCGGAAGCAGAUCUACAUUUUGUAACUCUAAUUAAAGAGCACUUCGUGUUUUUGUCCCACAAUGCCUGACCCCAGUAAAGAACUUCCGGCCAAAGUUUUCAAAAACAUCCAACUCGAAUAUACUUGCUUUAAUAAUGUAAUGCUCGCUUUAAGGUAAGUCCUUCUAGCACUAGAAACGGAAAUAAGAACAAUUGACAUGAAUAAGCGUUGCAUCUAUGAGAUUGAACAGUGCAGCAUUUUAACGACAACAAACUUCCCCAAUCAGACAAUCUACGCAGAAUAUUUUGUUUUAAAAAGAAUCAAGUUUCUUUUUCUAAACAAUAAACGUUUGUAUAGGUUUUGCUAUCAUCAAAUGGAAUGAUAUAUCAGACAAAUUUAUUAAGGUCAGACAAGAGUAAGGUUUUAAUGAUAUUUAACGUAAAGACCAAAGCAAUUAAUUGUAUAUUCCAGGAUAUUACAUAACUUUUAUUCUCUAACUAUGACAAUAUCAUGCAGUGAUAAAUGCAUAGAUUGUAUUAAACACUCCAUCAACAAGGAGGAUGAUCAUGUUUGUGCAUAUUCUGUAUCUCGCUGUCUUAUUGGCGGCUAAUGUCAAAUAUACGGAUAGCCAAGCUGCAAAAAAGGUUGGCAAUACUCGCAAACGUCUUGUGGAGGAUGUAAUUUACUUUGUUACCAGCACGGGACGUGUUCACUGGACAACCAACAAUGAAACAAUCUUGAAUCAGAUUAACGCUUUAAAAACUUUGCAAAGCAAAGUGUUUCAGACUGUGGACGGUUACCGUGGUUACGAAAUAAAUCAGAAGAUUGAUGGCAGUUCAAAAUACUGGAAGAGGAUCCCUAAAUGUACGAAUCCCAGCCUGGAAAUAGAUAUCCUGAAAGACCGCCGAUCAGAGUGUGGUCAA